UUAUUUCGUUUCUCCCCGAGCAAUAAAUAACGGCGCACUCGGGUUACUCCGUAGUUUCAGGGCAGUGGAAUAUAAAAACAGCACCUGGCUGUACAGCGUUAUUUUGACAUGUUUUCUACCAAGUUGGGCCGCCUCAUGAUGAGGUUGUACAGUCGUAAACAAACCGCCGUGUGCCGGGUGCCUCUCCGCGGGUUUAGCUGGGCUGCAGUGUGUCGACAGCGGUCAUUGAGGCAGCAGAGAAUCGCCUGUCCGAAGACCCAGCCUCACAUCUUGUCCUGUUAUACCAGUGCUCGGUCAUCCUCCCAAAACACAGUGGAUCCCAAUGAGGUGAGGAGGUUCCAGUUACUGGCCAGCAAAUGGUGGGAUGAACAGGGAGAAUUUGCAGCUCUUCACUCCAUGAAUGACCUGAGGGUGCCUUUUAUACGGGAUAAUCUGCUGAAUGUGCAUAGAGUGCGGCAUCCUGGGCAACCACUGUCAGGACUCCGGAUACUGGAUGUCGGCUGUGGAGGAGGCCUGCUUACGGAGCCCUUAGGUCGCCUGGGGGCUAAAGUGUUGGGCAUAGAUCCUGUAGACGACAGCAUCUCCACUGCCCAGGUUCAUGUGUCCCAUGAUCCAGACCUUCAAGACUGGGUCUCUUACCAGGCCUGCACCUUAGAGGAACUCUCCGAGGAGGUGAAGGAAGACGGCCAUUUUGAUGCCAUUGUAGCAUCAGAGGUGGUGGAACAUCUUGCCGACGUGGACACAUUCACCUUCUGCUGCAAGCAAGUCCUGAAGCCAGGCGGCUCGCUCUUCAUCACGACUAUGAAUAAAACCAACCUUUCGUAUGUACUGGGUAUUGUUGUCGCUGAGCAGCUGCUGCGCAUCGUCCCCAGUGGGACGCAUAACUGGGAGAAGUUCAUCAGCCCAGUGGACCUAGAGCGCCUCCUAGAGUCCUAUGGCUUCUCGGUGCAGUCUGUACAGGGAAUGCUGUACAACCCAGUGUCAGGAGCCUGGAGCUGGACAAACAGCACGGCCAUCAACUACGCCCUCCAUGCUGUCAAAAUGACAGACAAUCCAGAGACAGAUCAAACUGAGGAACACACCUCCCACCCCGAGAACCAUGGUGCAGCCACACACAGCUGAGCCACACACACAGCCAAGCCACAAGACUGAGUAACUAGUCAGAAAAUAAAUACAUGAAUUCACUUGUGUGGAGUUAUAUCUUCGCAAAAGUGUUGUGAUGCUGUGAUGCAGAUAAAGUGCUGCAAAAUAGAAUUAGAGCUGCACUGUGGCUGCUCACUUGCUCUUAGAGUAAGAUUUUAUUGUGCCAUCAGUCUUCAGUCAGCUGUGUGUUACCAGUGGCUUUAUUCAAACUAAUAUCUUUAAUAUGUGAUGUUCACACUCAUCAUUGUCAGUAAAACCUCAUCUGACACAUCCAACACACACAACGGCAUGUGAGUUUCUGUUGCUUUGGACUGAAAACCUUAUUUAGACUCUAAAUCAUAUGGAAGAUGUGUCCAAACACAAGUGGGGACAGUGACCUCCUCGGGUAUGAUAAAAGGCCUCAUGUGGAAGUAUUACAUCAUACAUAUCACUGGCUCAGUGCCUUAUAUGAUGUCCUGAUGAAGAGACUUAUAAUUAUAACCAGGUUUAUUAUUAAAUGGACUGAUGAUUA